AGGGUUAGGGUUAGGGUUAGGCCCGUUACGAAGGAAGCAUUAAUUUAGACUCAUGUGAUUCACGACUUCUGAUCAUGUGACAAAGAAGCGCAUUAGGGUUUCGCCUGUAACCAUCUCGGCUGUGUACAGCUUUUUGCCCAGCGAAUUCCCACGGACCAGAUCAACGGAGGUACAGUACGAGCAGCACAGAGCAACAGGCGGUGGCGCAACGGAUGUCCAUGUGGGGUAUAUAAACCCGCGGGGGACGCCCUCCGCCGUCUCAGUUAACGUCGUCACACAAUUUUUCUCAAGGCAUCGUACUUAAGGUGCGCCUUAUUUUCUAUUUUACCUCUCAGAACAAAGCUCAGCAACAUGAGCAUUCUCAAACUCAUUAAGCCCCGGGUCCUAGCGGCCAUCAAGGCCGUCUCCACGGCCGCCGCAGAAAUCCCCACAGUAGCAGAUUGCGGAUAUACCUCGGGUGCCGGAAACCCAAAACAGGCUCUUCUCGCCGAUAUCCAAGUCCGUGGGAUCCUUAGCGCCGCCAAACGCCUGAAGCUGGAUCCUACGGACUUUGCGAAGCAGAUUGUCGAGAAGCUGGACUUGCAGGGUGUUGGGAAAGCUACCGUUGAUGGGCCGGGGUUCAUCAACAUCAAACUGGAUGAUGCGUGGUUGGGCGACAGGAUAAACAAGCUGUUCUGGGGUGCGGAUCCCAGGUUGGGCGCUGAAGAAUGGACGGGACGGGUGGUUCUUGAUUACUCGAGUCCUAACCUUGCGAAGGAGAUGCACGUCGGACAUCUUCGAUCCACCAUCAUCGGAGACGCCCUUGCCCGAGUCCUCGGAUUUGUAGGAGCUGACGUGAUUCGCCAAAACCACGUUGGAGAUUGGGGAACACAAUUCGGAAUGCUGAUUGCGCACGUCUACGACACGGAUGAUGUAAACCUCGACCAGCUGCAGGAUCUUGAGGCCCUGUACGUCCAGGCCAAGAUUCGAUUCGACGUGGAGGAGGGAUUCGCCGACCGUGCUAGGGAUUACGUCGUGAAGCUACAAGCUGGAGAUGCGGAUAUUGUGAAAAAGUGGGAGAAGAUCGUCGAGGUGUCGCUGAUGCACGCCCAGAAAAUCUAUGACACCCUUGGAGUACUCAUCAAGCGCUCCGAUGCCUAUGGAGAGUCGUCAUACAAUGCGGACCUUCCAAAUGUCGUCACAGACCUCGACAAGGCCGGUAUCCUUGCCGUCGAUCAGGGAGCCAAGGUCGUUUACACACCCGCCUUCCAGAAGGAUUUCGGCAAGGGCAAACCCGUGUUUGUUGUCCAGAAGACCGGAGACGGCUUUGGGUACGCCGCGACCGAUUUGGCCGCUAUGCGAUACCGUGUGCGCCACCUCAAGGGCGACAGGCUAUUGUAUGUGAUCGACAACCGUCAAUCCCUCCACUGCCGCCAACUAUUCGACGUUUCCCGCCGCGCCGGCUUCCUCCCCGAGAACGUGGAAGCCACGCACGUUGGCUUCGGUACCAUGAUGGGCGCCGACAAAAAGCCCUUCAAGACCCGUACAGGCGGCACUAUCAAACUCGCCGAACUCAUCGCGUCCGCUCAAGAACGCGCCUACGCCCUGGCCAAGGAAAAGAACGAGAAACGCUCCGAAGCCGACCGCUUCACCGACGCCCAGGUCCGCGACAUCGCCAACAAAAUCGGCAUCGGCGCCAUCAAGUACGCUGACCUCUCAAAACAGCGCGACCGCGACUAUGUGUUCGACCUCGACGCCAUGGUCCAGUUUGAGGGCAACACGGCGCCUUACCUCAUGUACGCGUACACCCGAUGCCGCGCCGUCGGCCGUGGCGCCACCGCAGCCACCGAAGCCUCCUCUUCCGCACCCAUCGCCACCACGACCACUACAACACCACCCAAGUUAGUCCUCACCCACAACGCCGAACACGUCCUCGCAACAACCCUCCUCCAAUUCCCCGACGAGAUCGCAAACGUGAUUGCCACCUCCUGCCCGCACCACCUGUGUGGAUACCUCUACCGCGUCGCCGGCGCGUAUUCGCAGUUCUACCAGGCGUGCCCGAUCUUGAAGUCGGAGGGCGAGGUUCGGGCGAGCCGGUUGAGGUUGUGUGAGGCAACGGCGGAGCUGUUGAAGACGGGCUUGGGGUUGUUGGGGAUAGGGGUGUUGGAGGUUAUGUAGAUGGCUUUCCUAUCGAAUCCUUCUCCGCCUCCUUCACUCCCUGACGGGAUUGGAUGCGGUUAACUCCCCUCGGCGUAUAAUGUCACAUGGCGCACCACCACCCAGAACUUUUAGAUUCCUUCGACCCCAAAAGUACUUCCUCAUUGCAAAUAUAAUAUAAGAUUGUGCAUGAUGUUACAUACAUGUUACCCCUUGAUGGAGAAGACUGUUUUCACCCCA